UUCACCAUGGCUGACAAAAGUCAUCUGCUAAUGAGAAGAAAAGAGAGAAAAGACAAAGAAGCAGCUGAAGUGACCAAAGCUGUAAAGGAAGUAAAGAAGGAAGGAGAGGAGACAGAAAACAAUGGAGAGGUCCCGUCAACCGAGGCGGGGGCCACUGGUGGGGCAGUAGCUAAUGGUCAAAAUGGAGAUUUUCUGGUGGAGCUGAUGGAACUACCUCCAUUUGAGAUCAUCACAGGGGACCGGAUUGAUCCUUUUGUCUUUAAGUUCCAGUUCAAGAACGUGGAAUACUCUUCAGGCCGCAACAAGACCUUCCUGUGUUACCUGGUGGAUAAAGGGAACACAACUGACGGGCUGCUGAGGGGCUAUUUGGAGGAUGAGCACACCAGCUGUCAUGCUGAGGAAGCCUUUUUCACACAGUGCCUGCCAGACUACAACCCUGCACUCAAAUACACAGUCACCUGGUAUGUGUCUUCUAGUCCCUGCUCUGCGUGUGCAGAAAAGAUAGCUGAGGUGCUGAAGGCCAGGAAAAACAUCAACCUGACCAUUUUUGCUGCUCGGCUGUUUGAGUGGGAGGAAGCAGAAAUCCAGGCAGGGCUGCAGGCCCUGCGUACUUCUGGCUGUAAGCUAAGGAUCAUGAAGCCUUUGGACUUCUCCUACACCUGGGACACGUUUGUGGAUAACGAGGAACAAGUGCUGAACUUGUGGGAAGACUGCAAAGAAAACUAUGAAUAUUACCACGAGAAGCUGGCUGACAUUCUACAGUGA